GUCCUUUGUUUGGUUUUGGUUCGUUCGUACUCCUUGAACCAUCGUCUCACCCAAUUCUCCCUCUUUCUCACUUUUUCUACGUAUCUACCUCAUUCUCCCUUGUUUAUGUAUAACCAGGAGCUAUCUUCUAUUAGUCUCUUAUUAUCCAAGAGCGCACUGAGACAGUCGCAUUCCUGGUUGCAACUUUACCUGUCCAUUCCGGGCAACCAAACAGCGCCCCCCCCCGGCUGCCUUCAUUUUGCCAGUUCCUCCCCAAUUUUGCGCCCUGGCCACUGACUGACACCGCCCCGAGUCCCGAAGUGCCGAAUCGCAAUGAAUGCCACCAAGCGAAAGUUUAACUCCCUCAUCCAAGGGAUCGGCAGUAGAUCAACCACCCCAUCUGCUUCCCGUCCCGACGACUCUCCCUCCAUCAGUGCCCUCGACUCCCAUCGACGUUCGACCUCGUCCCUUGUCCCCAAUAACUCUCCCGCCGCCUCCAAAAUGUCAGUCGACGAUGAUAUCCUCGCAAAGCGCCGCCGUCUGCAGGCCUUAACGGAGAAGAACGCCGCCGCCACCAACACUAUUAAAUCCGUUGGCGGCACUGGUACCACGAAAGUCUCCAACGUCGUCCCGAAGAAGUGGUCACCCAGCACGACGAGCCUAAGGGACACCACAAAACUGGCCCCGAAGUACGCCCCGACCGAUCGUAACGAGCUGCUGAGGAGACUGGCUACAUUUCAGGAGAUCACCGAUUGGACCCCCAAACCCGACAAAGUUAGCGAGAUCGAGUGGGCCAAGCGCGGCUGGGUCUGUCAGGGAAAAGAACGCGUCCGGUGCUCGCUCUGCAACAAGGAACUAAUCGUCAAGCUAAAUAAGAAGGAGGUGGACGGUAAAGAUGUCCCUGUGCUGGUGGCAUCCGAUGCUGAGGAGGCUCUGAAGGAGAAGUACGCCGACUUGAUUGUGAGCGCUCAUCAAGAAGACUGCCUAUGGAGGAGGCGCGGGUGCGACGAUUCGUUGCUGCGCUUAUCUUUGACCAACGCCCGCGCCAGCCUAGAGGCACUACGGGAACGAUACGAUGCUUUGUGCGCGAGAAACCCAUUUCUGCCGUACGAGUUCAACCUUCGGCUUCCCGACGACUUCAGCAUCGACACCAUUCUUGUCCAACUGCCCGGGGACUUCUUCACCAACCCACCCCCCAGACCAGAGACGACCCCAACGGAACAGCCCAACAGAGUAGCUCUGACAUUAGCCAUGAUGGGCUGGGAAGGUCUCUCGAAUCCGCGCAUCGGCGCCGUGCCCAACUCGGCCUCUUGUCAUACCUGUCUGCGAAGGCUCGGCUUGUGGAUGUUCAAAAGCAAGGAAGUCGGCCCGGGUAACGAGGUAUUGGUACCAGCGCCAAUGGACCACCUCGACCCCGUGAAGGAACAUCGGCUCUUCUGUCCCUGGAAGAACCCCGAAGCGCAGCGAUGGAGCCACACGAAGCCAACGUCGGAGGGGGACCUUCCGGCAUGGAAGGUAUUGGCCCAGGUAAUCAAGAACGACGCCUACCUUCGUGGCGCGUUGGAUAACCGACCCAAGAGUCGGGCGCGACCGGGGACAAGCAAAGGGGCGCCCAACGGGGAUAUCCAACCGUCGACACCAAGACGGCCAAGCACACCGACAACACCUGGCGGGAGGGGAGUUGCGUCGCUAGAUGGGUCGUCUGUCAGCUUUGCGGAAAGGGACGAGGAAGAGAAUGAGAAAAUCCGGGAUGCGAAGGACAAGGAGAGGUGGGCUCGUCUACGGAGAGUGAAGAGUCUCUUCGAAACAAAAGGUGGGAAGAGGUUACGCAGAACCCUUAGCCGGCCGGGCACGGGGCAUUCCAACCGAUCAGGACUAUCAGAGAGCGAAGCAGCGAAGGAGCCAUAAGCACGGAUAUGUAGAUUGCAUUGGUUGGGUAAUUCGACAUCUCGGACAGCAACUCGAUUCGAUGUAUGUAUGGGACAACCCGUCAAGGGAGCGGGCCGCUGCCCACUACAAAUCACAACCAAUCUCUAGACAGCGAAUUUUGAGGGAUACCCAAAUGCCGA